AAGUCGGCCUCCCGGGGCUCCCCGGCAACCCCAAAGCCUGCCUCUCUAGCCCCUUGCCAUGCGUUCCUCACGCUAGCGCCCCAUACCCUGGAGGACCGCCGGAGAGAGAAAGCCGGACGCAUAGGAAACCAUAGAGACCGGAAACGUGCGCCGCUUCUUCCUGUCUUAAUUUCGGAGCCAGCGCCGUCGCUGGUCCGGAAGGGAAGUGACAUUGCUGUUGGGAAGAUGGCUACGGCUGCCACUCUGCCGUCCUCACCCGCGGCCUCGGCCACCGCGACUGCCACGGCAGCGGCUCUCGGGGAGGUGGAGGAUGAAGGGCUCCUGGCGUCGCUAUUCCGGGACCGCUUCCCCGAGGCCCAGUGGCGGGAGCGGCCCGACGUGGGCCGCUACCUCCGGGAGUUGAGCGGCUCGGGGCUGGAGCGGCUGCGGCGGGAGCCCGAGCGCCUGGCAGAGGAGCGAGCGCAGCUGCUGCAGCAGACGCGCGAUCUGGCCUUCGCCAACUACAAGACCUUCAUCCGCGGCGCCGAGUGCACCGAGCGCAUCCACCGCCUCUUUGGCGACGUGGAGGCGUCCCUCGGCCGCUUGCUUGACCGCUUGCCCAGCUUCCAGCAGAGCUGCAGGAACUUUGUGAAGGAAGCCGAGGAAAGCAGCUCCCACCGCCGGAUGAACACCCUGACUCUAAAUCGGCACACAGAAAUCCUGGAAAUCCUGGAGAUUCCUCAGCUAAUGGAUACCUGUGUCCGGAAUAGUUACUGUGAAGAGGCCCUGGAGCUUGCUGCCUAUGUACGCCGACUGGAAAGGAAAUAUUCUUCCAUCCCUGUUAUCCAGGGCAUUGUGAAUGAAGUGCGCCAGUCCAUGCAGUUGAUGCUGAGUCAGAUGAUCCAGCAACUGAGGACCAACAUCCAGCUCCCUGCCUGCCUCCGUGUCAUUGGCUACCUGCGGCGCAUGGAUGUCUUCACCGAGGCUGAGCUGAGAGUGAAGUUUCUUCAGGCCCGAGAUGCUUGGCUCCGUUCCAUCCUCACUGCCAUCCCUAAUGAUGAUCCCUAUUUCCACAUCACAAAAACCAUUGAGGCCUGCCGUGUCCAUCUCUUUGAUAUCAUCACCCAGUACCGUGCCAUCUUCUCAGAUGAGGACCCACUGCUGCCCCCUGCCAUGGGUGAGCACACCGUGACUGAGAGUGCCAUUUUCCAUGGCUGGGUACUGCAGAAAGUCUCCCAGUUCCUGCAGGUGCUGGAGACUGACCUUUACCGGGGGAUAGGCAGCCGCCUGGACUCUCUGCUGGGCCAGUGCAUGUACUUCGGGCUGUCCUUCAGUAGGGUAGGGGCUGAUUUCCGGGGCCAGUUGGCUCCUGUUUUCCAGCGAGUGGCUAUCAGCACUUUCCAGAAAGCAGUUCAGGAAGCGGUAGAGAAAUUCCAAGAUGAAAUGAACUCCUACACCCUCAUCUCGGCUCCAGCCAUCCUGGGCAGCAGUAGCAUGCCUGCUGCUGUGCCAGCCACCCAGCCGGGGACGCUGCAGCCACCUAUGGUGCUCUUAGACUUCCCACCCCUGGCUUGCUUCCUCAACAGUAUUCUAGUUGCCUUCAAUGAUCUGCGACUGUGCUGCCCUGUGGCCCUGGCACAGGACGUGACUGGGGUCUUGGAAGAUGCCCUUACCAAGGUAACCAAAAUAAUCUUGGCCUUCCAUCGGGCUGAAGAGGCUGCUUUGAGCAGUGAGGAGCAAGAGCUCUUCAUUCAGUAUUGCACUGUCUUCCUGGAGGAUCUUGUUCCUUAUCUAAAUCGCUGUCUCCAAGUCCUUUUUCCACCAGCUCAGAUAGCACAGACUUUAGGCAUUCCACCCACUCAGCUCUCCAAGUAUGGAAAUCUUGGGCAUGUGGACGUCAGCCUCAUUCAGGAGCCGCUCGCCUUUAUCCUGCCAAGGAGAGAGCCGGUCUUCUCUCUGGAUGAGAAGGAGCUAGCGCCCGAGCUGCCAGCGCUUCCAGCCGAGGAGCCAAGCCCAGAGCCUGUCACUCCAGCUUGCCCUGAGGGUGGACCAGAGGAGGUGGAGUCGGCGCCGCUGCUGCAGGGGGAGCCGCCGAGCGAGGGGCCUUAGCCCGUGUUCCCUGCGGGCAGAACAGGGUGUGAGCAGCGUCUGCGGGAAGGAGAGGUGCGGGUGCUGCGGCCGAGGCGGGCUCCGGAAGGCUGCGAAGGUGUUCAUGGGAGGAAAGAGAAAGGGAGGCGCUCCCGGGUUACUCUUGUGCUUGGGUGGAGCGAAACAAUAAAGCUGACCGUCGCACUCGCC